AUACAAUGUUAAUAAAAAUGAUUUUCAAAAUGUAUGUAAAAGUAUGGAAAGGUUAGAAAAUGAACCAUCUUAUGAGACAAAAUAAUGUAUUGACUUUUAGAUAGAAAAUAAAAAAACAAAUUUUAUUGAUAAAAAUCCCCACGCGAUAUGUUCGUUAGCAACGCGUUUUGUUCUUUAUACUUUUCCAUAAAAUACCAUAAAACUUAACAAUAUUCAAUACAAUUUGUAUACAAACUCGCGCUCAACAAAUAAAGGGCUACAUCUGUACUUACACAUAAAUGAUAAACAAAGUAAAAAUAUCUCAACCAAGCAUUGAUUACAUACAGAGCGAAUUGGAGAUAGCCUGUGUUGAAUUCGACGAUGGACAUGUUUGGAAAGAUUUAAAUAUACCGUCUAGGAUUCUUAAGACUUGUUCGAUUUGUGGAGUACGAAACGUAUGGCCAUGGAUCACCAAAAUUAAGUGCAAGGAAUGUAAGAUGGUUUGCCAUCGGCAAUGUUUGGCUGAGUUCGACGAGAAAAUAUGUCCUUUGCUCGUUAACCAUCACUGCGAGGAUUUAUCAACGAUCUCAAAUUCGAAUAACAAACCUUCAUCCGUUUCCCUGAUCACGGGAGGACUCAACGACGACGUCGAGGUGGCCGUGCACGACCUCAACAACGGUGGCUGUCAUGCCGAGAAAUUGGCGUCAGCUUCAAACACAGCGCUCUGCCCGCUCGCCGACCGCCCGCGAAGCAGGAACUCAUCUCCCGGUCACAAACACGAAUCGCCAUUUCUUUUAGAAGUAUAAGUCUCUGCAUAACAUUACAUACCAGGCGAUUGUUUUAGCUACGGUUAUCAGUGAACAUUCAUCAUUUAAAAAAGUAUUGUUAUUGUUUGAGCGUUUGACAUUUUCUUUUUGGAAAAUUUAAAAUACCUACGUGCAAU